AUGGCCGACGUCAUGACCCAGACUCCCCCGGUCCUUCACGGUCCCUCGGAGAAGGAACGAAAGUAUGAUCGUCAGCUCCGCUUGUGGGCAGCCUCUGGUCAGGCCGCUCUCGAGUCGGCCAACAUCCUCCUCGUCAACUCGGGUGCUGGCACCGUUGGUGUUGAGACACUCAAGAACCUGGUGCUUCCUGGUAUCGGCCGCUUCACCAUUGCUGAUCCAGCUGCCGUGAGUCACGAAGAUCUCGGCGUCAACUUCUUCGUCGAUGACAGCUGGCUGGGCAAGUCAAGAGCUGAAGCAUCCACCAACUUUCUCCUUGAGCUUAACACAGAGGUCCAGGGCGAGUGGUACCCCAAGUCUCAGAAUGAUUCCUUCAGCCUUCAAGACCUUCUCACCAACGCACCCAAGUUUACCAUGAUCCUAUAUGCUUUGCCCUUGCCACAAGACCAGGUGCAACUCAUUCAUGAAUAUGCCAGUCACCACAAGACGCCUACCAUCGCCGUUCACUCUGUUGGCUACUACUCCUACUUCAAGACCACCUUGCCUGGAACCUUUCCCAUCGUCGAUACUCAUCCCGACGAGGCCGCCACUACGGAUUUAAGGUUGCUGGCUCCUUGGCCCGAGUUGACGGAGUUCUCCAGGGAAAUGACCAAGGAUAUUGACAACCUCGACAACCAUGAGCAUGGCCACCUGCCUCUAGUGGUCAUUCUUCUUCAUUACCUCGAACAGUGGCAGCAGGGCCACGAUGGGGCCUAUCCCACCAGCUACGCUGACAAGACCGCAUUCCGCAAGACCGUCUCCGAAGCGAUGCGGAGAGACAAUCCUGAGGGCGGCGAAGAGAACUUUGAAGAAGCCGUAGCUGCUGUCAUGAAACAUGUCGUGGUGCCAUCUCUCCCCAGUUCCCUUCAGCAAGUAUUUGACUAUAUCCACGAGCCUCACGAAGUCAAGUCUGGCUUUUGGAUCAUUGCCGAGGCUGUCAAGCGAUUUUACUCCGAGCAAGGUCGUUUGCCCGUACCUGGCGGACUCCCUGAUAUGAAGGCACAGUCCAGUGUCUACAUCAAGCUUCAAAAUAUCUACAAGAAUCAGGCUCGCAAGGAUGUUGAACAUGUCCUCGACACAGUCCGGAGUAUCCCUGGUGGCGAGGAAAUCGACCCAGCUCAGGUGGAGCUCUUUUGCAAGAAUGCUCGCUUCAUCAAGCUGAUCAAUGGGCUUGAAGAUAAGACAGUCAAGCUUGAUCAAGUUGUCGAACAACAACUCGCCAACGAUGAGAUUGCCGCCGUUGCUGGCCCUGAAAUGCCGCUCUCUCUUCUCCCCAUAUACCUUGCUCUCUCGGCAACCUCCAACGUUACCACCGCUUCUGCCGACGACAUCAUGACAUUCAUUGGACAGAAUGCACCUCAGGCCGCCAGUAAUGAGCGUUACCAGAAGACGGCCCAAGAGGUGGAUCGAGCUGCGGGCGGUGAACUUCACAACAUCUCCGCCGUCACUGGUGGCAUGGCCGCGCAGGAGAUGAUCAAGAUUAUUACGAAACAGUACGUGCCGAUUGACAACACGUGCAUCUUCGACGGUAUCGACAGUCGAUGCCAAGUCCUACGCCUGUGA